UCGCGCAGAAGAGGUGUCCUGCGAAAGUGGGUUCUUUGCCGGCGUGGUUGCUGGCCUUCCUUAGUAGUGCAUCCCUCGCGUGAUCGGUUCGAGAGUGCCGCUGCUGCUUCGACGGUGGCGCGAGCACCGCGAGGAGGUCAUGAGUGGCGGUGGACGGCGGAACACUUCGAGAAGCACGGACGACGCCGAUGAAGCAUGCCCGACGUACCGCGGUCGACGACAGCCACUCAGCGCCAGAGAUCCGCGAGGACUUGACGAAAACCAUGGAGUGCGUGCCUUCGCUGCACGUGGAGGAGACGGCAGACUGGCUGGAGCAAGACGUCAUCGCCGGCUUCCGAGUAUGGCAGCUCAUGUUCCUCUCUCUCGGAGGCCUCAUCGUCGUCAUGGUGGUGAUGUGCUGCUUCAUGAAAUGCCGUAUUCCGAGAACGAAACAAGAGAUCGAAGCGGACUUCCAUCGGAAGAAGCUCACCCAAGUCUUUAGGAAGCAUCUGAACAAAGUGCCCGUCGAAGAAGUCGAAUUUAAACUAGCCCUAGAUAAAGUGAAGGCCCUGUACGAGCACGAACAGGACAAGCGGAGUCGUGGUUCCUGGGACUCCCUGGCCGAGUGCGAGGGCCUCACGCUGCGACAGAGGCUGCGGAAGCUGAUGCGUUCGCUCAAGCCCAAGCCGCCCCCAGCCGCUCCUAUUGUGCCGAGCUCCGGCGACGACGCCGGCUCGGAGAGCAACUCGGCGGCCGACUCGCGCGCCGACGGCGCCAGCCAAUCGGGCGGCACCAUCCCCAGCAGUGAGGAGAGCAGCCACGCAGGAGGGUGCCGCACCAUACGCGAGGAGAAGAUCUCCGUCGACGAAGAUAUUGAUGUUGAGGAGCAGGCAUAG